AUGUUCCAGUUGAAAGUGGCCAACCUGCAGCUCACUCGUUUGCGUAUGGAUGAGAGGCAGCUUCGUAAGCAGCUCUUCCAAGCGUUCACGCGAUAUGGUAAGUGUAGUGUCUAUGUUGACGCGCCGAUGCGUAAUGACGACACGCGCGAUGCGUACGUAACGUUCUGGAACCUCCAGCACGCUAAGACGGCUCGCCGUGAAAUGGAGGACCGCAGCUUCCACUCGCGGCGCCUGGACAUCACGCUGCUGCCAAAGCCGCGCAUAUUCGGCGCCGAGAGUAACUGGCAGCGCAACGGAAACUUCUCGCCGCUUGGUGGACGUCCGGCGCAGCAACGGAUGGACGGUGGCAACAGUGGCCCGGUCGACAAGCAGGGAGCCAUGCCCUUUCGCACAGCACAGGCACAAGCGGAUAGCGUACCUGCUACCAGGACGCUGUAUGUUGGUAACUUGCCACCCGGCGUGUCUGCAGGCGAGCUCAAAGCUCACUUUAGUGGUGCUGGCGACAUAUACGAUCUGCAGAUCAAGCGCGCGCACAUGGGCCCAGACUAUGCCUUUAUUAAGUUCCAACACAUGCGAGAUGCUCGCCGCGCAAAGCUGGAGCUGCAAGGCUCCCUGCUGCAGAAGUGCCGCCUGCGCAUGAACUUCAGCAAAGGCACGCCGUCGAAUCGCAUCUACGUGUACAACCUGGGGCGCUGGGCAACCCAGCCUGUGCUCGAGCGUUGCUUUGAGCGCUUUGGCGUCAUGCGCGCCUUUGACUAUCGGCCCGGCAGUGCGUUUGCCAUCGUUGAGUACGAGCAGCAGGACAGUGCGCGCAAGGCCAUGCAGGACCAGGUGCGCGUGCUGGCGGAGAACGUCGAGCACCCGGUGGCGGUGAGCUUCGUCGAUGCCAUGGACCUGACAGUGAAUUUCCAGGGAGAGCGCGGGCGCUCGGGUAAUUGGGAUGCCGCUGCUGGUAAUGCUAUGGUUGGCGGCAAUAGUGGCAGUGCUGCAGACCAGGACCGCAGGAGUGCCAGCCGGAGUAGAGAAUUUGGCCAAAUGCCGGAGCGUGAUUAUUGGCACUCCGAUGAAAGAACUAAUAGGAAACGCAGUCACUCGGCCGAUGAACGGCAAGAGGCUGCCACCAAGCGGCAGUUCAGUGGCGUAGCCGAGAGCGACGGCGCCAUUGGCGGCGGUGAUGGUGGCGAGUCGCUGGCAGACAUUGCUGCCCGCUGUGCCGUGAUGUGGCGUGGCUGCCUAGUGCUGCGUGACGCGUGCUGCCCGAUACGGUUGCACUCCGUGGACGAGAGCCCUGGCCUAGCGGAGGGUGUGUUGAGUUGUUUGGAAGUGCCGCGCAUCACUUUGUCGAAAAAGAUGCCCUUGGAUCCCGCUAGGCUGGACGAGCUGUUGAAAACUGUACAUGUCAGUAACCAUAGCUGGCUUCUGGCCCUGCCGACAGGAACAAGUGAUACUGAUGAGCUGCGUGCACAGCUUGCUGUGGUGGAUAAGGCAGUAAGGAAGACCUCUGUCGAGCCGUACAUGGGUAGUAAUGACACUGGCUCCAUCGUCUCACCACAAUCUGAUAAGAUGGGCGCGGAUGAUGACAACCGUGCCGCUGGCCUUGCCUCGACAGAUAUUGCGAUGGACACCGGAGAGAAUACGUUAGAUGCGGAACCUGGAAACAUUCUCCUUUCAAAGCAGAAUGAUAGAACUAGCCCCACGCCGGCUGUUGGCAGUGGCUGUGAUGCAGGGGAAGAGAGGUGUCUAGCUAGCGGCCCUACUAACCCUACACCCACAUCAAUGCCCGCAGACUAUUUGGCAGCACCCGAACUUCAAUGGCGGCAUAUGAAAAACUUUGCCAACUACAUGCGUGCCAAGCAGUGCGCCGGUGUCGCACAACUGGACCUAUCUCUUCCCGGUGGUGCGAGUUUAUGCCAGGAACUAGGCGCGACGCAUGGGACUGCCCUUCUGCAUGCGUUCCCACCCAGCGACUUCACAGACCAGCAGCUAGCAGAUCUGUGCCCUGGCCUGGCGACGCCGCUCGACGGUGUUAUGCUUGUGCUGCUGUUAGUGCCGUCGUUGACAGCUACCUCACCGGUGACGUAG